GAAAAGAGGACAUAAACCUACGCACUCCACCCCACCACAACUCCUUCCCUUCCCUACAUCCCCUCCCCUCUCUCACACUCAGAGAGACAACAGCAGUCAAUCAGAAGACAAUCCCCACCAUCAGGUCUGCUUGCACGUGUGUGGACGAAAAACCCAAAAGAGAUUUUUCAUUUUCAUUUUUUCUUUUCAUUUUUUUUUUUUUUCUUUUUUUUUUCCUUCUAAGCUCUCUCAAUUUCUCAAAAAAUCUAUCUUUUUUUUCUGAGAAAAUGGGGUGAUGAAAACAAGAAAAGGAGACUGAAAAUAUUUCUUCAAAGGGGGAGAUGGAACAGACAGAGCAACAUGGAAGAGGAGGAAUUUCACCAAACAUCAACAACAACAACAAUAGCAAGAGUAAUCAGAGCAGCAAGAGUAAUUCCUCUUCUUCAGACCAGCAGGAUGUGGGUAGUGGCCCUGGCCCAUCUUCUUCCCAGCUGGUCCCUUUCACCAAAGAGAUAUCUGGACCUGGCCCAUUCAUGGGCUCCAUCCAGCCAUCCGUAGACGCAAGCCUCGCAAUCGCCACAAAAUCAGAUGCGAACCGUAAGCUAGCUGUCGCCACCAAGAGAUCAUCAAAGGACCGCCAUACGAAGGUAGAUGGCCGUGGGCGUCGCAUCCGUAUGCCGGCCACCUGCGCGGCUCGAGUCUUCCAGCUUACGCGGGAAUUAGGUCAUAAAUCCGACGGAGAGACGAUCGAAUGGCUGCUUCAACAAUCAGAGCCGGCCAUCAUCGCGGCUACCGGAACUGGAACCAUCCCUGCCAAUUUCUCCUCUCUCAACGUCUCUCUCCGAAGUAGUGGGUCCAGCCUCUCGGCGCCGCAUUCGAAGGUAGCGCCUCAUACCUUCCAUGGCGCCGCCCUCGCCCUCGCUCCCCACCAUACUCGUACGGACUAUGAUGAUCACAGAGGCGAGGCCGGCCGGAGGUUGAUGACGAGCCUCGAUUCCGCUAUGUUAGGGUUUCAGCAAGGGCAUCCGCACCCUCACCACCAUCUGAUCCUUUCCGCAGAUCAGAUGGGAGGGCUUUCAGCCCAAGGAGAGGGAGCGGAAUCUGCCGACAACUAUAUGAGGAAACGCUUCAGAGAAGAUCUCUUCAAAGAAGAACAGCCACAGCUGAAUCAAGCAGAAGGCAGCGGAGGUCCCGCAUCUUCUCCCUCCGCUACAAAACCCUUAAUAACUGGACUGCAGCUGCAGCAGCAACAGCGACAACCGCAGCAAGAACCCCUCGCCGCUGCAGGUCUACUCCGUCCAUCGAACAUGAUGCCUGCAGCAGCGAUGUGGGCUGUUGCAGCCCCAGCUCCAAGCAGCGGAGGCGGCGGUACUUUUUGGAUGUUGCCUGUCACCGCAGGCGCCACCGCUCCAACAGUUGCCGCCGCCGCUGCUGGGCCAUCUGAGCCACCGAUCUGGACGUUCCCAACUGCGGCUGGGCAGUACCGUACAUCAAUCCAAACCGCAGCAGGAAGCACGUUGCAAGCCCCUCUGCAAUUCAUGCAGAGAAUCAACAUACCGACCGGAGUCGAAUUCCAGGGCGGCCGCGUCGGGACCGUUCCACUCACCUCGAUGCUACUGCAGCAGCCGACGGUUGCCGCCGCUGCUGCAGCAGCAGCCCCUCAACACCUAGGGCUGGGGAUAUCAGGCAUCUCCGAGACGAAUCUUGGAAUGCUGGCCGCCCUCAAUGCUUACAACAGAGGGGGAUUGAAUAUGAGCUCAGAGCAAAAUCAACCGUUGGAUCAUUCCCAUCAGCAGCAAGGAGGAGCAGAUAGUGGAGAGGAUCACCAAACCAAUUCUCAGUAGAUGACUGAAAAUUAAGGAACUUCAGUUGGGAAGGGCAGAAGCAAUUGGCGUCCGUGGCGGACAGCGAUGGUCUGUGGUUGAAAGGCCAGGAUUCUGCCACAUCUGAAGUGGGGCAGCAUCAGCUCCUGAUAUUAAGGCAGGUUUUUUUUUGGAUUUGCUGGUGGUUUCCAGUUUCAAUGUCGUAAAAUGAGGAGGAAUCUGUUGUUAUGUCUUUCUCUUUUUUGCCGAAAAUAGGAAAACAUACCUUUUCCGUAUGGGUAAAAAAAAAAAAUGACGCGAGUUACUAUGUA